AUGGCUCCUUCAACCGUCAACGUCGCAGAAUAUCUUUUCACCCGGCUCUAUCAGCUCGGGGUGAGAGACCUACAUGGUUUGCCUGGCGAUUUCAAUCUACUUGCUUGUGACUAUGUCGGAUCGAGCGGAUUGACAUGGAUUGGCAAUUGUAAUGAGCUUAACGCUGGUUAUGCAGCAGAUGCCUAUGGUAGGCUCAGGGGUCUGGGUGCGAUCAUGACCACCUUCGGUGUUGGCGAAUUGUCCUGUAUAAACGCUAUUGCAGGCUCCUUCUCAGAGUACGUCCCUGUCGUCCAUAUUGUUGGUGUGCCCAAAACAGUGGUACAGAAAAAGAAUGCAAUGCUACACCACACGCUCGGCAAUGGCGACUUCGAUGUGUUCGCCCGAAUUGCAAAAGAGUUGAGCAUUGCGCAGGCCAAUCUUAUGGAUCCAGUCACGGCGCCUGACGAAAUCGAUCGCGUCUUGCGCGCUUGCUAUAUUCAUAGCAGGCCUGUUUAUAUCCAAUUGCCUGCCGAUAUCGUCCAGAAGCCAGUUGAUGCCAAACUGUUGGACUCACCCAUUGACAUCGAAACCCCUAAGAGCGAUGACGAAAAAGAAGGCGUGGUAGCGGACAGAAUCCUGAAAAAGCUCUAUGCAGCAAAGAAGCCAAUUCUGCUCGUUGAUGCGGGUGCUGGAAGACAUUGCGUCGAGGAGCUUGUUGACAGCUUUGCCCGGAAAACUCUGUUGCCAACAUUCAUUGCGCCUAUGGGGAAGGGUAUGGUCAAUGAGGAUUUGCCAAAUUUUGUGGGCAUGUACAACGGUGCCCUGACUCCGAUCGACGCGUGGCGCGAUAUGGUAGAAUCUAGCGAUUUGAUUAUGACCAUUGGUAAUGUCAAGUCCGACCUCAAUACUGCUGGAUUUUCCUACAAUUUCAAUAAACUGAAUACAAUCGAUUUGCAUUUCGAUAAUGUCUCAAUGGAUUAUGCAAUUUAUGAAGAGAUAUACAUGAGGUGGUUACUGGAGAGAUUGGUUCGCGAGUUUGAUUCAUCCAAGAUGCGGAAAGAGCAGACGGACCUUCCUGUCAUUUCUCGCCCACCAGUUGCAGAGAAUGCAAAUUUCUCCAAGGAGGAAAUAACGCACGAAUACCUAUGGCCCCGACUCUCGUCGUGGCUGAAGACUGGCGAUGUUGUUGUUGCGGAUACUGGUACCUCGUACGUCGGUAUCUGGGAGACCAAACUGCCCCCCGGCGUGCAUGUUAUGACUCAGAUUCUAUGGUCAUCGAUAGGUUAUGGUGUCCCAGCAUGUCAAGGGGCCGCACAGGCGAUCAAAGCCGAAGGCAGUGGACGAAGGACGAUUUGCUUUGAAGGCGAUGGCUCGUUCCAGCUUACGGUCCAGGAGCUCUCCACUAUCAUUCACCAUAACCUUGACGCGAUCAUAUUUGUUAUCGAGAAUGAUGGUUAUGAAAUCGAGCGUUGGGUGCACGGAGAGAAGGCAAGCUACAACGACAUUCCCAAAUGGCAGUACAGCCUGUUUCCGAAUGCUUUCACCCCGACAGAGAAGACUUCCGAAAGGCGCGUCAAGGCCUACAAAAUUAGGACUCGCGAGGAACUCGAGGUACUGUUGACGGACAAAGAAUUUUCCAGUGGUAAAGGGUUACAUUUUGUGGAAAUGCAUAUGCCUAGGCAUAAUGCCCCUACUUCGCUGAUUAACUUCACCGAAACCCUUAAGAAAUAA